AAACUGAUUGAGCUCUAAAUCCAUACGACAAUCUCAAAAAAUCUUCAAAUUAAAAGCUUCAGUUAAAUCUUUAAUCAUUCAUCUCCUCUCAAAAAACAGCUACACCGCCACCAGCAUUUCCUACAACACGCCAAACAAUGCCAGCCCCCAAGCCUCAUCAUCGCCGCCAUCCUCACCAACCCUCCUCCAUCGUCUUCCUCCUCCUCCCAUUCCUCUCUCUCCUCUCACCAGCCCUCGCCAACACUGAAAAAGCAAUCUUCACGGCCCCUGAACCCAUCACGCUAUCCAACAUCCCCCCAGCCCUAGACGGCCAGAAUAUUCCCGUCCUCGGCCCAUCCACUCGCUGGUCUAUACGCACCAACCUCACUCGCGUCUUUCCCCUCCCCCAGGAAGAAAUAGAGGAAGAAGAAGAGCAAGGUUAUCCAUCGUGGCUGCUCCUCGAUAACCUCAAACCCGGCCAGCGCUAUGAGCUUCGCGUUUGCUGGUCUGCACUUCAACCAACCGCAUUCACCCUAGACACCUACACCCUCUCCACCAUCUUCUCAACGCCGUCCCUCCUCCAAUCUCUCACGCAACACACUACCUCGACCCAGCAGCAAGGUGAUGAAGAAGGCCAUCAGCAGAAACGAUCAAACCGCCCCUUGACAGCAGAAAAUGGCUCUUCGGUCCUUCUACUGCGAGUCCUCGCCGCCGCAGACUACUUCUCCCACCACUCAUCGCUCAUGAAGGACCCUCCUCCGGUACUGGUCGAUCUCAUCCUGGAUCCGUAUCUUUACAAUGUCUUGCCUCAGUCAUUGGUUCCGAAAGUGUGCUAUAUUGUCGUCGUUAGCAUCGUCUCCUGGUUUGUAGCGCGUUGGGUCUCUAAUUCUUUGGUUUCUGUUGCCAGCUCUGGCGAUACUGAUCAGGCAAAAAAGCAUAACUAGAAUACGGACUUCCUCACGAAAAU